AUGACAAGCUUUACUGAAAGCGGUGGCAAUUUCUCUACUUUGGGAAUCUCAAAAUGGCUGGUUGAGGCUCUGCGCUCCAUGAAGAUAACGCAACCAACUGAUAUUCAAAGAGCUUGCAUCCCACAGAUUUUGGGAGGAAGAGACUGUAUUGGUGGUGCCAAGACGGGUUCGGGUAAAACUAUUGCGUUCGCGGGACCUAUACUCACCAAGUGGUCGGAAGAUCCUAGCGGGAUGUUCGGAGUCGUGUUGACUCCUACGAGAGAGCUUGCCAUGCAGAUUGCAGAACAGUUCACUGCUUUGGGCAGUUCCAUGAACAUUCGGGUCGCUUUGGUGGUCGGUGGAGAGAGCAUCGUCAACCAGGCAAUCGAGCUCCAAAAGAAGCCCCAUUUCAUAGUGGCCACACCUGGCCGUUUAGCGCACCAUGUUAUGAACAGUGGUGAGGAUACAGUGGGAGGUCUGAAGAGAGUCAAGUUUCUGGUUCUCGACGAGGCGGAUAUUCUUUUGACCGACACGUUCACGGAGGAUCUGGCUACGUGUGUCGGGGUCUUGCCGCCCAAAACAAGCCGCCAAAAUCUCCUUUUUACAGCCACUGUAACGGACCAAGUGCAGAUGCUGCAAAAUGCACCUCCUGUUCCAGGCAAACCCAAACUUUUCUCCUAUGAGGUUGAGUCAAUGGACAACGUUGCAGUUCCAGCUACACUGAAGACUACGUACCUUCUUGUUCCGGAGCAGGUAAAGGAGGCAUACCUUUAUCAGAUUCUCACCAGCAGCACCUACGGUGAAGCGACUGCCAUAAUUUUUGUCAACAGAACGGUGACAGCAGAGAUUUUAAGAAGAACUCUGAAGCAGCUGGAUGUACGAGUAGCGUCCUUACACUCGCAAAUGCCGCAGCAGGAGCGGACGAACUCGCUCCACAGGUUUCGCGCGAAUGCUGCACGCGUUCUGAUCGCAACGGAUGUCGCUUCUAGAGGUUUGGAUAUUCCAACAGUACAGCUGGUGGUGAACUACGAUAUUUCAGCAAAUCCUGAUACAUUCAUACACAGAGCCGGUCGUACCGCUCGUGCUGGUAGAGCCGGUGAAUCGAUAUGUUUUGUUGGUCAGCGCGACGUGGAAAGGAUAGAAGCCAUCGAAGAGAGAAUAAAUAAAAAAAUGGACCAGUUUACGGACGUACACGAUACGGCAGUAAUCCGGAAGGCGCUCUCUAAGGUUACAGCUGCCAAGAGGGAAAGUUUGAUGGCCAUGGAGAAAGAGAAUUUCGGUGAGCGCCGCAAGAUUAACAAUCGGAAAAACGGCAAGGAAAAAGGUUAUAGAAAAGAUUAG